AUCCCCAUUUUUUUUCAUUUCACCAAUAUUUCUAUACUUAGCUAUCAACAACAAGAACUUGAGAACAUUUUUAAAAGAUAAGAAAGCCGAAACCAUACCGGUUGGUGGACAGAAACAGAACAAGAAAAUUUAUCUAAAUGGAUGUAGUUUUGCAGCGCCCUAUAUCAGUUCACCACUUCUCUCAGAAUGUGAAAGAUGGGAAGUCACACUUACAAAGGAGAUCAGUCACAGUCUCCUCUUCACUCCCCGAGACAGCGGUUUCAGUGGCAGUUGCUGCAACUUUUGUUGGUGCAGCAGCCACUCUUCUUGUAAAGAGAUCCAAAACUCCCGAGUCCACACAGUUAAAGAUUGAACUCAAAGAAUGCGAAGAUUGUGGAGGUUCUGGUAUAUGUUCAGCCUGCAAAGGUGAAGGAUUUGUGCUUAGGAAACGUUCCGAAGCAAGUGCUCAGAAGGCAAGAGAUCUAUCUAAAAACAUGGCUACUCGGUUCACCGACGGGCUUCCAAAGAAGUGGAGCUACUGUACAAAAUGCACUUCUGGCAGAUCAUGUUCAACAUGUGGUGGAAGUGGGAAGCUAAACUAAUAGUUUAACUCUUACAUAAUGGUUAUGGUUUUGUUGAAAUCAAGAUUAAGAAUGAGGUAGCAUAAUGAACUAAAUCUAGUUUUUUGUUAUUAGCAUUCACUUGUUUUCUUUAUCUAUUCCACAUGAAGCAAAAUUUAUGUGUAUGUUUUCAAUGUCAAUAUAUAGUAUGUUUUUGGUAUAGUUGCAGAACUAUACAGAUGGACCGUUUCAGAA